GAGCUCAAUCGUACGGUUAGGAAAAUUUGCAGUUUCUUAGCAUAGAUUGGAGGAAGAAGAUUGUUGGCAACUGUUCCCAGGGAGAACAACCUUCAUCUUCUUCUGAAGGUGCUCGGUGAAAGGGUGUUUGACCAAGAGAAGAAAUCCAGUUCCAGAGAUUUUUUAUUCAAGCUCUGCAUUGUGGAAAUUUACAAAAGGAGGAUGGCACUUAUCCUUGCAGCAAAUAUGUGCUCCAUUACAAAUUCCAAAACGGUUGAAGUGAUAAAAAGAAUCGAUAUUGAAGAUAAAAUGCAAUCCAGAUCUAAUAUUGCACUGCCUCCUUCGGAAGCUUCAUCAAGUCGCAGGCAUCUCUUAAUCGGUGUUGGUCCUUCAUUGCUUACCUUGACGUGUGGUUUAUCACCACCAACGGUAUGGGCCGAAGAGAAGUCUGGCGACAAAGAGGAAGAAGAUAAAGGGGUUAUUGGGGCCAUCAAAUCACUAUUUGAUCCUAAUGAGAAAACAAAGUCUGGAAAGGUGUUGCCAAAGGCUUACUUAAGGUCAGCAAGGGAAGUAGUGAAAACACUGCGUGAAUCUUUAAACAAAGGCACCGAUGAUAAUGCCAAAUUUAGACGGACUGCGGACUCAGCAAAGGAGUCAAUUCGGGAGUAUUUGGGCAGUUGGAGGGGAAAUCAGAUUGUUGCUCAAGAAGAAUCAUAUGUUAUUUUGGAAAAAGUAAUCAGAUCUUUGGCAAACUAUUACUCAAAAGCAGGGCCAUCAGCUCCACUGUCACAUGAAGUAAAGUCUGAAAUAUUAGAUUAUCUAAAUACAGCUGAAGAAUUUUUGUAGAACAUCCUCCAAUGUGUUAUAGAAACAACACCAUUUCUAACUCCCUGGAUGUCGUCAAUGGCUGUGAUAAAAGUAAAUUUAUUCUUCAAUCAAUUUAAAUUUUGUAUCAAAAAAUUGAUCAAACUUGUUUUCUUUUUUCAUGAGAAUUAUACUUGCCGCUAGCUUUGGUUGAUGCUUAAUUCUCCCCUCCUCCCCAAACAAAAAACCAGAGAGAGGACAGUGGGAAAAUUUAGUCUGUUGAUGCUUCAUGUAUUCUGUAUCUCAAGUUUUAUCCCAAGUAAAAGAGCAAGAUACGUUCUUGUCAGUUUUACUUUCUUGUA